AGGUGGCGGUAAUCCACCAAUAAACUGGAUGCCAUCCGCCGGCCGUAAAGCAAUAAGAAGACCUGGGUGCAAGAAGCAUAACGCUGUCGUUAAGAGAGUAUUUCCACAGCUCAUACCGUAUCUUAUUAAUAAUUAUCUACAAUUUCAACAUGUUUAUUCCUAGUGGGUAGCCAGGUUAGUUAGCAGUAGCGUAGAAAUCAGUCAAGUAAGUUAGCGUUAAGGUUGGCGGUUAGCUGGCCAGUACAGUAGAGCCAGGUUAAUUGCUAGCUUAGCUAGUUUAUGGUGUGCUAACCAACAUUACUUAUCUUAAUAUUAAAGCCCGGCGUGUUAAGUCAACUUGGUCAGCGAGAGGUAACCAUUCAUAUCGAAACUGUCUAUAUCAUACAUGAAGCAUGCCGCUCAAGUCAGGAGAGGAACGUAUGAAAGAGAUGGAAGCUGAGAUGGCUCUUUUUGAGCAGGAGGUUCUUGGUGGUCCAGUACCGGUAUCAGGAAGCCCACCUGUUAUGGAGGCAGUACCUGUAGCUCUGGCUGUCCCAGCGGUUCCAGUAGUGCGACCCAUUAUAGGCACCAACACCUACAGACAGGUCCAGCAGACAUUAGAGGCCAGAGCUGCCAGUUUCGUUGGUCCUCCACCACCGGCUUUUGUGGGACCAGUCCCUCCAGUACGUCCUCCCCCUCCUCCCAUGAUGAGACCAGCUUUUGUCCCCCAUAUCCUGCAGAGACCUGGUGGUCAGAGGCUGCCAAUGAUGCGUGGUCCUCCAAUAGCGCCUCCUCUACCCCGGCCUCCUCCACCCCCCCCCAUGAUGCUCCCUCCUUCCAUGCAGGGCCAGACACCUCAGGGUGCUUCUCAGCCCAUUCAGCACAUGGCUGCUGCACCUCAGGUUGGUGAUAUGGUCUCGCUGGUGUCAUCCCCGACCACAAGACAGGGAGCCCCGCCUCCCGUCAAACCAACACAGUCAAUCAUCCAGGCAGCGCCUACUGUGUACUCUGCCCCUCCCGCACCUGUUGGACAUAAAAGAAUUGAUGUUAGAGCUCAGAGACAAGCCAGAAUGGAGGAACUGGCUGCACGGGUUGCAGAGCAGCAGGCAGCAGUGAUGGCAGCAGGUCUACUGGACAAGAAGGAGAGUGAAGACAACAGCACUGUCAUUGGACCCAGCAUGCCUGAGCCUGAGCCCCCCCACGCUGAGCCUGUGGAAAGUGCUACAGAGGACAAAAAGAAAGCAAAGGCGGAGAAGGUGAAGAAGUGUAUCCGUACUGCAGCAGGGUCCAGCUGGGAGGACCCCAGUUUGUUGGAGUGGGAUUCAGAUGAUUUCCGUAUAUUCUGUGGCGAUCUUGGUAAUGAAGUCAAUGACGACAUAUUGGCCAGAGCAUUCAGCAGAUACCCUUCUUUCCUCAAAGCUAAGGUGGUGAGAGACAAACGUACAGGAAAGACCAAAGGCUACGGCUUCGUCAGCUUCAAAGAUCCAAACGACUAUGUCAGAGCCAUGAGAGAGAUGAACGGAAAGUAUGUUGGUAGUCGUCCCAUCAAACUGAGGAAGAGCAUGUGGAAGGACCGCAACAUCGAAGUGGUUCGCAAGAAACAGAAAGAGAAGAAGAAACUAGGCCUGAGAUAGUGUCUAUACAAGUGGAACUGUGUGUGUUGUGCCCCUCAGUGGACAGGCACCAUUGUGUGAGAGCAAGACUCUUAUUUUGAUUUUUACAAUCAGGAGAUGUCCUGAGAUUGUCAAGGUGGUAAUUUGUUUUUUUGUUUUUUCCAUUCUUAAAUAAAACCAUCAUUUCUA